AUGGUGUGUUCUCUACGCUGACAUUUGUUUGCUUCGUUGUAGCAUCAAAAAUAAUAACAAAUAAAUAUUUAAAAAAAAUUAAAUCACAAGUAAAUCAUAAAUCAAGUCAUGAGUCAGGACAGAGAGCUGCUGACGAGGUACAUUCGGGGACGAGGAUGUUGGUGUUGUGGGCGUGGUGCCCGUGAAAGAAUGUAUUUACGCCAGUUGGGCGACUUAAUUUAUAAGCGAUUCGCCAUCCUGCCCAACGUGGAAGAUCAAAAAUACACAAUCGGCGACACAUUCACUAGUCGUGAGGAACAAGGUGAAUUCAUCUUCUGGACACGACCAGGACAUGAUGAGGAACAGGGGACAAGUAAGAAAUCCAAAAAGGAAAACAUCAACAACAUGUGCGAAAUUUAUUGUGUCAAAAAUCAGUACUGGGUCAGCCCUUUGAACGGAGAAAUUUUUAUCAAUGAUGUCAAGAUAAAUAAGAAGACAGUUUUGAAAUUGGGGGACAGUUUAUCAUUUGGAAAGAAACUGGAGGGGCAUAAGGUUAAUACGAGAGGGUCGAAACGUGAUAAAGAUGCUGAAAAAAAGAAGAAGGAUACAAAAGAUGAGGGUAAAGAUGAGCGAUAUGAUGAAGUUUUCUUGUUCAAGGAAAGGGAAUUGGAUCCUGCAGCAUUCCUCGAGUCUGAAAUUCGUCGUAACAGGAUCGUGAUGGAGAGGCUUGAAGAAGAUAAGAAAAGAUUAGCUAUUGUGAGCAAGAAAAGAAAUUUCAAGGCUGUGUACAAUGGGAAUUCUGUUCCUUUGCAUAAUGAUCUUGUUUUAUCCCACAUUCUCUCCUACCUACCUUUUGGUGAUCUGAAGACCGUCCGAUUCGUGUCGAAACUAUGGAACGACGAGUCUCUCAAGAUCAUAAAAAAGAAGGCAGUCGUAAAGUUUGGAUUUGGUCCUGGCUACAGCGCAACAAACGAAUCCAUGAAACUUUUUCGAUAUGUUAACGAAAUGAAGAAAAAUCCACUCCCCAAUUGGGAAAUUAAUCUUCCUGCGCUUGGAACAACUAGAGCAGAUGAGUAUAAAGUGGACGCUACUCCAGGAAGACCUGGAGCCAAACUGAUUGCCGAUUUAGACUGGUUUUUGGGCGAAAAAACAGACGUGGUGAAACAGCUAACUCUUAGUGGAGAGUUGGAAUCAAUAUUCGAUCAUGAAAUUCUCGUUAAAGUUAUGAAAAACCUACCUUUAGGAACAAUUCAAAAUUUUGAGCUAGCUGGAGGAUGGGCAUUAAAAGCUUUAUCUGAGAAUGGAGAAUUAGAAUUUCCUACAACAAUCUCAUUCAAAAUGUUGCAAGAAUUUACGCUGUCCAUGGGAGCUUUCAACGUUGAAGGAUAUCAUGCCAAAGACUGCUCCACAAUGACUUGGUUGAGGCCAUUGGCUAAUGCCGUGAAUAGGGUUCGAGCUCUUCAUCUUAGAUGCAGAUCUCCCCUGUCUUUGAGUUUCAUUCAACAGGCUGACUCAUUUCCGAACCUCGAGCAAGUUUCAUUCCAUUAUGUAAAUCCGGAGGGGCUCAAAUUUCUCCAAAAAUUGGACAAACCUUUGAGCAAGCUGGAACUGAAUCGACUUAUCCAUUGGAAAUCUGCUGACGUUCUUGCAUUUCAAAAACUCCUUCAAAAACAUUCAAACUCUUUAAAAUCUCUGCAGUUCAUUCUACCCAAUUGUUCACAGGGAUCAAUGGUUUUAGAGCUUCCAAUAUUUCCUCAACUCAAAACAUUGAAUCUAGGAUAUGGAAGUUCUGGCGACGAUGAGGAUGACGAUGAUAACGAUAAUCGAGUCGGUACUAAUGAAAAAGUUCUCGUCACUGUCGCAUUUCGCGGCGAAUAUGGUCCGGACGCUAUUUCAUAUGCUAAACAUUUUCCAUCGCUCCAAUCUCUCACAUUAUGGCCAUCUGGUUACGGGAAAUAUGGAGCUACAGAGAGUUACCGCACGUACUUGAGUGACAUUACCAGCUUUUGGGAGAAACAUACAAAAUUUUACGAAAUAUUCUUUCCUCUGCACCAAGACGAACAUGAACCUCCACAGAUUUGCAAAACACUUUACCAUCUGGAUGUUCCACAUCAGUCUUUCGAUUAUCCAGAUCAACAGUUGCAUAUCUUCCCCAGAGCAGCGGAAAUUGCUGCAAUGUUUCCAAACGUCGUCAAUGAUUGGACUACUGAAAUUAAAAAACCUGUAACUAUUCCACCGCCACGUCCUGAAAAGAAAGUUCUCCGAUCAGCUUCUAAAAAAGUUAAGGUCCAAGCUACUCGCGUUCUACGACCAAGGGGCACCACUACUAGGGCUUCAAAAACAACGCCGGCUGCUGCUGCUUCCGCCAAACGACGUGCUCCCAAAAGGAAAAUUAAUUAAUUCAAACUCCAAUAAAUUAUCCAAGGUGGUUAAAAGAUGCAGCAGUGUGUGUUGAUUAAAAGUUGUACUAAUUUACUCAAUGUUAUCUUUGUUUCGCUCGAGUUCUCUACUUAUAAUAAGUAUGUAUUUAUUUUGUCAUUUUGUUUUUCAUUUAAAUGAAUGUUAUUCUUGCAAAUCUUUUUAUCAGUUGCAAUCUUUUCUUAAACUUGUUUGUUACUUAUAAAUAUUUACAUACUAAUAUGUAUGAAUCCCGCUUAAACCAAUUACUCUAAUUUAAAUCGAAAUGUUUACAAACGCGUAAGUGAACGAAAUGAUGUAUUAUUUAUGCAUACACGCAGCAAGAAUAAUAAUUUGUGUAAAUUUUAUUUUUUACUGAAUAAAAAUUAAAUGAACGUUCAAUUAAAAAA